AUGGCUAUCUUCGAUUCCGAGAAGCGCCCGCGUGGCCUUCGCGUUCCUUCUCUAACGGCGAUGAAAAACGGUACCGCCGCUGCCAGAUCUCAGUUCUCCUUCUCCAGCAAGAAAUCCAAUGAGUCCCGCACUCCCGAAGAAGAUCCGAUCUCUACUCCUCCCUCUGGUGGUUUCUUUGCCCCGCUACCCAAGGCCGCCCCUCCGCCGAGCAAGGAAUUGCCUGCAAUCCCCAGGGAUCAACUACCUCCCCCGCCGCGGAUAACAACCAAAGUCCCAGCCCGUCGAGAGGUGGGGAGUAAUGCGCGCCCAAGCGAGACCUCUCCUACAACACAGGGUCUGAGACGACCCGCGCCGCCUAUUGUUGAGACUGCGCCGCUUCCCGAACCCCAGCCCGAGCUCCAGCAAACUCCUCAAAUGCAGCCGUCGCCUCCAAUGAAGUCUGAGCGUCGCAUGCAACCAGAACCUACAAUCUCGCAGUCGCAAAUGCAGCCCCGCCCGCAAGAGCAGUUUCAAUCACACUUCACCCGAUCUCAACCCCCGGUCACCCUCUCCCCGCCUGCUGCAGAAGAUAACGAAGAUGUGACACCGCUGGAAGACUUCAUUCCAACCCCCGAUGGCUCUGGAACUCCUCUGGAACCUGUGUCCAGCAGCGAGCAGGCGCGAACCGACACCCCUCCUUUGGAGUUUGCGCCUGUCGCGGCGGCGUUGAACAAAGUCCACCUCGCCUGCUUCCAGGAGCAUCGCAACAUGCCCGUAGCGCAGAACGUAUGGUGCCCGAUACCGUGCAUGACCUGUCUCAAGUUCGACCGUGAGAUCCGCCACCGUUGUGUAUUCUGUUGCUUGCGCAUCUGUGAGGGCUGUCAUCAGGUUCUAAUGAAGUGCAAGAAUCGGUCGUUGGAGGAGCUCGUGGGAAGCCUCCACUGA